AUGACUGCUAGUAUCGAUUUCAAUUCCAUCAAGACACAAAAGGGCAGACUUCUCGAAACCAUCCACGAGACCGCAAAGUGGGGAGCCAAGGGCAAAUGGGGGCCAGGUGAAACUGAAACUGGUGUGUGCAGAUUGGCAUUGACAGACCUCGACAAGAAAGUCAGAGACUGGUUUGUUGAACAAGUGACUGAUCUCGGGUGCCAAGUCAAGGUGGACCAAGUGGGCAACAUCUUUGCUAUAUUCCCAGGGCAAAACGAAGGAGUGCCAACGGGGAUCGGCUCGCAUUUGGACACCCAGCCAACCGGCGGCCGAUACGAUGGGGUCUUGGGCGUGUUGAGUGGUCUCGAGGUGUUGCGGACCUUGAAGGAAAACGACAUUGUGCCUCAUUACCCUAUUGCAUUGGUGAACUGGACAAAUGAAGAAGGCGCGCGGUUCCCCAUGAGCAUGGUAGCCAGCGGUGUAUGGGCCGAGGCCAUCUCGUUGCAAACGUGCUUGGACUUGGAGUCGUUUGACGACGUACCCCGGAAAUUCGGCGACGAGCUCAAGCGGAUCGGUUACGCUGGAGAAACGCCGGCUUCUUACCACGCAAACCCAUUAGCAUGCCAUUUCGAAAUACACAUUGAGCAAGGCCCGAUAUUAGAGAAUGAACAAAAGAAAAUCGGCGUUGUUGUUGGAGGGCAGGCGUUUGAAUGGAACAUGGUCACGGUGCGGGGCAAAUCGUCGCACUCGGGAACCACGCCCAUGAACACCAGAUCGGACUCGUUGUUGGCCACGUCGCGAAUCAUCACCAUGGCCAUCGAGACCGCUGAGGAGCACGGCGGGUUGGCCACCGUGGGCACGUUGCUGUUGGAGCCCUCCUCGGUCAAUGUGAUCCCGCUCGAAGUCAAGUUCACCUUGGACGUGAGACACGUUGAAGACGCGCAACUCGCUAAGAUCAUGAAUGUGAUCAAGAAGAAAACGGAGGAGAUUGCUACUACAAGUAUAAAUACGAAAUACGCCAAACCGUUAUCUGUGACAUUCGACAACAUCACCACUUCCAAAGCAGUCAAGUUCAACCAGACCAAUAUCGACACGGUGAAAAAGGCCGCCUUGUCAUUGUUUGACGAGAGCCAAGUGAGGGAAAUUGUCAGUGGUGCCGGCCACGACUCCUGUUUCACCAGCACUCGAAUCCCGACUUCGAUGAUUUUCAUCCCUUCGAAAGACGGAUUAUCCCAUACCCCGGAGGAGCACUCGUCGCCAGAGGAUGUCGAGAAUGGGUUCCAGGUUUUGUUGCGGACAGUAUUGAUUUACGAUGAAAUGCGUGCUAAAAAAUGA